AUGUACGAGCGAUCACCGCCAUCAUCGUUGUCGUCUGCCAUCGAAUCGGCUGGCACUGCAAGCUUCCACUCCCUCUCCGGCUCCAGCUCGACCCGUUUCCGCUCCGGCUACGAAUCGUCUCACAGCGAUGACCGCCCACGACGAAUACCCGACGUGCGCGCAGAGCCGCCACACAAGCGCCAGGGCAAGCCCAAAUGGAUAUCGCAAAUCAAAGACUGGCUGUCGGUCAGUGAGCCAUCGUCACAAGCGUUCAAACAGCAGAAACUCAAAAACGCCGCUUCCAAAGAUCCACAGGCAGCAGCCAGGAUCGGCAUGCCCUUGGGGCAGAUACCGGCAGGGGCUACCACAUCUGUCGCGGGACCGACUCCAGAGACGGCUCUAAAGCGGCAACUCAGGGAGAAGAAGGCGCGGGGGCCGCCCAUGAGCGCGAGGACGACGACAUCAAUAUCAAGUCGCGAGUCGUAUGGCUAUGCUGGGAGCGCCAAGGAGGGUAACCCAGCUACACCCGCAGGAUGGUGA